CGCUGGGCAAGUGCACCAGCGGGGGUAUCCUCAAGAAGCUCAUUCCUGUGUCUUGUGUCUGUAACCGUUGUUGCUGUUGUUGAUUUUGUUGCAGUUGGGAAUGAUGACGAUGAUGAUGGGGCUGAAGGGUUUGUGCUGGCGCACGGCUGGUGCUGUUGCUGCCAGUGGUGCCAUUGUGAUUGGGAGAGGAGUGCGGCGUGGACGGCCAGCCGUUACCGCGGCGCGGGGCAUGGCAACACAGCCGCAGGUGUUCGACCGCAGCACCAAGCGCAAGCAACGCAACCGCGCGAUGCGAGCGGAGGACUUCCAACAGUACGAGAUGCUCAAGGACGAGGUGGCAUGGCGCGUGUUUGACCGUCUUAACGAUAUCGACCGCACCUUCCCGCUUGGCCUUGACCUUGGUUGUGGAAGGGGAUACCUUGGCAAGCACAUCGACGACGAGCUUGUGGAGCGGCUCGUCCAAUGCGAACUCUCAGAAGGCAUGCUGGCCAACUUCUCGCCUGGUGCACGCGACCUAGACCGCCGCGUGCAGGCCGAUGAGGAGUACCUUCCGUUCCCGCCAAACACAUUCGACCUUGUCGUCAGCAGCCUCGCCAUGCACUGGGUCAACGACCUCCCAGGCACCCUCAAACAGGUGCACGAGGUGUUGAAGCCUGAUGCGCCGUUUGUGUGCGCCAUGUUUGGCGGCGACACCCUGUAUGAACUCCGCUGCUCGCUCCAACUCGCAGAGCAGGAGAGAUCUGGGGGUCUGUCGCAGCGGGUGUCGCCGUUUACACAGAUGCAGGACAUCGGAGCGCUGAUGCAACGUGCAAAGUUCACCCUCCUCACCGUCGAUGUUGACGAGGUUGUGAUCCGUUUCCCGUCGCUGGUGCACCUGAUGGAGGACCUGCGGGGAAUGGGGGAGAGCAACGCCAACCUCCACCGCAAACUCCACCUUGGACGUGACACCAUCACUGCAGCCGCUGCCAUCUACCAGGAGAUGUAUGGCAAUGACGACGGUACCAUUCCCGCCACAUUCCAGAUCAUGCACAUGGUCGGAUGGAAACCAGACGGCUCCCAGCCCAAGCCCGCGGCGCGGGGGAGUGCAACAGCCUCGUUCAAGGACAUAUCCGCAGCUGUCGGCAAUGGCAGCGGUGACAGUGAUGGUGCCGGUGGCGAUGGACAGGGCAAGUAA